UGCACAGCUCCCGGGGGCGGCAGCGCGGCCCCCGCCGCCACAGCGGCAGCCCACGCAGGUUCGGGCCAGGGGCCGCCGGAGGAGGUCUCGCCCCCGGCCCCCUCAGCCCCGCCGCCGCGCAGCCUCGGCCGUGCCGCGGCGCCCGCAAGCGCCACCUCCGUGACACGCUCCCGCCCCGGCCCGGCCGCCAUUGCCUGCCGCCGCCUGCCCCGCCCCGCCCGCUGCGGCCCGGAACAUGCCCAAGAAAGGAGGGAAGCAUGCUGAAAUGGGAAAAGAAAUGCAGGCACAGUGUAAACGAGCAAAGGUGGAAGCGGCUUGCUCUCCGUUGAUCAUGAAUUUUGACAGCCCGGAGAGCCUCUUUGGAAGCUUGAUCUCUCCCAUCAAAGAGGAGGUGUUUUUCAGGGAGUAUUGGGAGCAAAAGCCACUGCUUGUUCAGAGAGAUGAUCCCUCGCUGGCUGCUUACUACCAGUCCCUAUUCCAGUUGUCAGAUCUGAAGGAACUGUGCAGCCAGCGUCUAUACUAUGGGCGAGAUAUAAAUAUCUGCAGAUGUGUGAAUGGAAAAAAGAAAGUUUUAAAUAAAGAAGGCAAAGUGAAUUACAUGCAGCUGAAGAAGGAUUUUGACCAGAAAAAGGCAACAAUACAGUUUCAUCAGCCUCAGAGAUUUAAGGAGGAGCUGUGGAAGAUUCAGGAGAAGCUGGAGUGCUACUUCGGGUCUCUGGUUGGGUCGAAUGUUUACAUUACUCCCCAGGGGUCGCAGGGCCUUCCCCCUCACUACGAUGAUGUUGAGGUGUUUAUUCUUCAGCUCGAGGGCGAGAAACAUUGGCGACUCUAUAAACCAACGGUGCAUUUAGCUCGGGAAUAUAAUGUUGAAUCAGAAGAUAGGAUUGGGAAUGCCACACAUGAAUUCACGUUGAAGCCAGGUGACUUACUGUACUUCCCAAGAGGGACUAUUCACCAAGCUGACACUCCUCUUGGCAUCUCCUAUUCCACACAUGUGACCAUCAGUACCUACCAAAACAACUCUUGGGGAGAUUUCUUACUGGAUGCAAUUCCUGGCCUUGUGUUUGAUACAGCAAAAGAAGAUGUGGCGCUGCGGACAAGCAUACCAAGGCAACUGCUUAUGCAGGUAGAGGUAGCUGACUCGGCAAAAAACCUGAGUAGUCUUUUGAGAAGGCUUGCAGACCGUCUGGAAAACACCAUUGAACUGAGAUCGUCUGACAUGAAGAAGGAUUUCAUUAUGAACCGGUUGCCACCUUGGUUGGGAUGUAACUCUGACCCUUUGACUCCAGGUGGGAAACUGCCAAAAAUAGAUAGCCAAAUUAGACUGCAGUUUAGAGAUCAUGCUAUCAUUACAGUGGAACCAGAUCAAGAGAACUCUGAUGAAAUUCGCAGAGAGAUGGUUUAUGUGUAUCAUUCUUUAAAGAACAGGAGAGAAACUCACAUGAUGGGGACAGAAGGCGAUGCUGCUGGCGAGGAGGGCACAUUGCAGCAGACUCAUGGACUGCGGUUUCCUUUGUCAUACUUGGAUGCACUGAAGCAGAUCUGGAGUAGCAGCACUGUUAAUGUUAAAGAGCUUAACCUUACCUCAGAUGCGGAGAAAGAAAACCUUGCCUUGUCGCUGUGGACUGAAUGUCUAAUUGAAGUUAUUUGAUGCUUUUGUGACUUAGUUGCUCCUAGUUCACCAGCAAGAAAACCUGUUUGCACCGAGAGAAACAAAAGCUGCUCAGCAGAAGCUGUGUAUGUUGUUUGCCGAAGGGGGCCAGACUUUGCCCAAGAACACCCCUUUCCUCUCAGAUGCUGCCACCACUGGAAUAAAACCCAAACAACAGUAUUAAUAGUAUUUAACCUCGACCUCCCCCAGCACCAAUUUAAUAUGAAAGUAACCCAAGCCUGUGACCGGAAUCUGUAUCUUCAGUGCUCACUCCAGUGGGUUUUGAUGGGAGUAGUAUGGUUAUUUAAAUACUUGAACAUCAACAUUUAAUAUACAAACUAAUGUAACAGCACAGUCCGAGUGCUUACCCCUUUUUUGUCCAUUUGAAGGGAAAUAUUUUACUGGAAUGUGCCUGACUAUUGCUGUAUUUGGUCUGUUAAAAAAAGAAACCACCAAGCAAAAUGUUUCUCCUAAAAAAUAUUUUAUACAAUUAAAAUACACAUGCUUAGCAUUUUA